UAGGGCAAAGUUUAGAAUAAAUUAAAUAUGAAGUUUUUGAUCUUCAUCGCUCUCACCAUAUCUUGUGUGGUGGCUAACAACAUUAUUUUGGAAGGAGCUGAUUUUUACGACGGGGUCGUUACUGAUGCUUUAGGAAACACUAACAAUGCAUGGAUCAUAAAGUUCUUUAAUCCUCGUUGUCCACACUGUAGGAAGUUCGCACCAAUAUGGGAGGAUGCUUCAGAUAAUUUAGAUCAAGAGGGCCUUAACUUUGGUGAACUUGAUUGCAGUCGCUAUAAGCCAGUCUGCGAUAGGUUCAAUAUUUGGGGAGUUCCAACAGUCAUGGUUUUCAAGGACAACUAUAUGGUUGAGUAUGAAGGCCCUAACAGCUUUGAUGGCCUUUCUGAAUAUAUUUUAAACAGAGAAUAUGAGCAAGUUGAGCCAAACGAAAGAGCUUUUAUCCCUCCAGCAUAAG